GAAAAUAUCAGUAGUUGAUUAAUACAAGAAUCAACAUGUUGAAGUUAGUCGUUUUAUUGUGCGCUGUUGCCUGUGCUUUGGGUGCUGCCGUGCCUGAGGGUAUGUUGCCUCAAUUGGAUGGUCGCAUUGUUGGCGGUGCUGCUACCACCAUCAGCUCCUUCCCUUGGCAAAUCUCCCUCCAACGUAGUGGCUCUCACUCUUGCGGUGGUUCCAUCUACAACUCCAAGAUUAUUGUGACUGCUGCCCAUUGCUUGCAAUCUGUGUCUGCCUCCGUAUUGAAGAUUCGUGCUGGUUCCUCCUACUGGAAUUCUGGUGGUGUUGUUGUCAGUGUUGCUGCUUUCAAGAACCAUGAAGGCUAUAACCCACGCACCAUGGUUAACGAUAUUGCCGUUAUCCGUUUGAGUUCUUCCUUGACCAUGUCCUCCACCAUUAAAUCGAUUGCUUUGACUACCGCUGCUCCCGCUAAUGGCGCUGCUGCUUCCGUUUCUGGCUGGGGUACCACCUCCUCUGGUGGCAGCAUUCCUUCUCAAUUGAGAUACGUUGAUGUUAAGAUUGUUAGCCAAUCUCAAUGUGCCUCUUCCACCUACGGUUAUGGCUCUGAAAUCAAGUCUACCAUGAUCUGCGCCUAUACUGUCGGUAAGGACUCUUGCCAAGGUGAUUCUGGUGGCCCAUUGGUCUCUGGUGGUCGUUUGGUUGGUGUUGUCUCCUGGGGCUAUGGUUGCGCUGCUAAGAACUACCCCGGUGUCUAUGCUGAUGUUGCUGUUCUCCGCUCAUGGGUUAUCAGUGCUGCUUCAUCUGUUUAAAUUUUUAUAUAAAUAAAAUAUCUAAUCAAACAAUUAACAUAAAAAA